AAAAAACUAGGUGCAAACCUUUCUGAUCAAUUAACUUAAUCUAAGAAUAGAAAAUAUAAAUUUAUAAAACAAUAAGAUUAUAGCAAUUUAAAUGUUUUUGUUUCAUUACUUGCAUCAUCGAUUAUAAUUUAUAAUGUAUAGUUACACUAUAAGCAUACCAAACUGUAGCCUACAUAGAUGUGUUAAUAAAGUUAAUUCUUAAAUAAUAAUGUUAUAUUACUGUAUAUAUGAUGUAGGUAUACUACAGUUGACUAUAUAGGUACAUAAGUAUCUACUUAACGUCAUAAUUAUAAUUGUAAAACACGUUUGUUUUCAUCCUGUUUCAGACAAUACUAUCUUUAAAUACAUUAGAUCGCUGAUAAUAUAUAAUAUGCCUAACAUAUAUUUCAAAGAGUAUUCAUAAGUCUUCGCUUUGGAGUAAUUUCAUUAAAAUUUAAACUAUUUAUGGAAACCUGGGGUAAUUGGACAUUUAGUUAUGAAAACGAAGAUUUGUUGGCCAAAGUGUUGAAUAAGUUUGCCUCGAAUCAAUGCAGUUUAGAUACGCCGAAAAAAGUUCUUUUGUCGUCCUUGGCCGCUUCGUCGAAAACUGUACAAGUUGAAAUCCUCAGUUCGAGCAGUGACGACAGCGAUAUUGACGGAGACUUUAACGCCGUUCAGAAUUAUUUUCCGAAAUUGUCCACAGUCAUUUCAAAUGCAGAACCUAAAUCUACUACAGUUGUCGCCGAGGAUUUACAAUUACAGUCUGCCUGUACCAGUGUCACCUUGAGAAAUUUUGAUGAUGAAUCGUCCUUCCUGCCGAGUCAACCGCUAGUGGAAGACCCGCACGAAAACGCAAUAAAAAAAAUCGUUGAAAUAUUAAAUGCUGGAGACUACGACAAGGAAGAUUUGUUUUCGGUACUACAGACAGAGCUUAGAAACCGAAAAGAUGUGUUGGAGAUAAUCGGAGACGUGUGGCCGGAAAUUGUCACGGAUAGGGCUCGCCAUGGUUUUUGCGAAGCACUUGUCAAAACAGACGUAAGGCCGCAAAUCAUUUGUGAACAGAUAUAUUUACCUUGGUUCGAAACACGUGAGUCAAAUUUGACUGGGUUUGUCGAAAGUUUGUCCAAACUGAUAGUCCACUUUUCAGAAUAUGCUUGCAAGUUCUUUCUUGUCAAAUUAUUGAUAGACAGAGAAUCGAUUCUAGUUAAACACUUGAAUUGGCUGGUGAACAUUAUGCAGUCUCUCGACCAGCAACAUUGGUGUAUUCUUUUAAACGAAUACAUAAAUCACUGUGAUGGUCUGGAUCAGUAUCAAAUUCCAGUUUUGUUACAUUUGGUAAACAAUUGCCAACAAAUCCUGAACAACGGAGACGCCGAACAUCUUAUUGGGUUAUGCAGAAACGCAGCCUAUAAACAUUCUACAAACAGAGACUUUGGGUUGUUGUUAGUGUCCGUAAUCAGAGCAAUUGAUUUAAACAAAUUUUUACCGGAAAUGACGACCAUAUGCGAACAACUCAAAGGUGUUUCGAAGUUUAUGAUCAUGAAAGCUUUAAAGGAUACAAAAUAAAUCAAAAUCAUAUCAUAUCAAUCUAAUCAUAUAAUCUACAUACAGUAUAAUUUAUUGUUAAAUUAAAAUGUUUUUAUUAUGUUAAAAUUUAA